AUGGCAGACUUGUUUGGCAACAGCAGCACCAGCACCGGCAACAACAAUAACAUCAACAAUCCAAACAGCAUCAAUCAAAAUAGCAACGACAACCUGGGACGCCAUCUCCGACCCGACAGACCACCGACAGCCGUCGCCGCCGCCGCCGCGACAACCACCAACGCCGCAGACUUGCCCGUUUCCGCUGCCAGUGCCAGUACCGCCGCCGCCGUGACAACUUCAGCCUCGUCCGUCUCUCCGAAGCCCACCAAGCGGUCCUCGGCAACGACAUGCGUCACCUGUCGUGCCCGUAAAGUCCGCUGCGACGGCCGCCGGGACAUCUGCUGCAACUGCGAGCGCCUAGGCUUCACCUGCACUUACGAAGACCCCAACUCCGAUCCUAAUGGCCUCUCAUCCGCCCCUUCGUUUCCCUUGCCUAGGCGUCGCGUCCGUCAAGCUUGUGAGAGCUGUCACUCUCGCAAAGCUCGAUGCAGUGGCGACACCCCCACCUGUGUUCGCUGUCGUGCUCAGGGCCUCGAGUGCGUCUACAGAGCAUCUAAGAGAGCUCGUCUGAGCAUCCACCAUACUCCUCGCCUCGACCAACUCGUCAGAUCGCCGACAACAUCAUCCGCCGCAGCUGUACCUACCCGUGACCAGCAGGCCCGUCGUUCUCAAUCAAGAGACGAUGCUGCCCAUGAUUCAGACGCUGGCGGCGCUGACGUUGUCGCCUCCAAUCGUGAUACUCCGAGCACCUUCAACCAGGAACUGUCUGCAUCAGAUCCGCAGUUUGAGUCGCUCAUAAGUCGUGCGCUCGACAACUUCUUCCGUCAUGUUCAUCACAUCCCCAUGUUGUCCUUCCUGCAUCGGGCCUCUCUCAUGCAACGCCAUCAUGCCGGUGGCCUCGACAGGCCACUUCUGCUCGCCCUCAUCGGCAUCACCAGCAUGCUCACCGACCUGGGUCCAGGCACGAGGGAGUACGGCGAAAAGUGCGUCGAUGAGUCCGAAGCCUUGAUCUUGAAGAGUCUGGAGAACCCUUCAACCAUCAAGGUUCAGACCCUCGCCCUCAUCAUCAAGUACCGCAUCUUAACACGCCGCUUCUCAAGCGCCUUCGUCCUCGCCGCCACCGCAGCUAGGUUCGCCAUGGCACUGCGUCUCAACCAUGAGAACAACGAUUUAUGUUUUCUCGCGCAGGAGUCGCGCCGCCGUCUAAUGUGGGCACUAUUCAUGAUCGACCAAGGCAUGGCCGGAGGCUACAGGGAUCUCACUCUAUGGACGCCCGAGCUCAUUCACAUCUCUCUGCCCUGCAACGAGAGAGACUUUGAGUUCGACCUCGCGCCGCCAUCGCUGCGGAGCCUGGUCCCUCAGCCCGACGAGUCCGAAAACGACGACAUCGGUAGUCUCGCGCUGCACGUACGAAUCCUCUGGCUACGCGGCAGAAUCCUAAAGUUCGCGAAAAGAGCUGCGGCAUGUUCCAACGACGACGAUUUGGCUCGGAUGCGUGACCAACUGCAGUCUUUCGCCAAGGAGCUGUCCGAUUUUGCCGAGCGUUUACCCGUGUCGUUCAGGUGGUCCGACAAUAGUUUGCGGCUGCGCGCGUAUUCCCCGCGGCUAUGCGUCUUCAUCAUGAUUCACAUUUGGUGGCGUCAAUGUCACUGUGACCUCUAUCGUCCAGGCUUGAUCGGGCUCAGGGACUCCUUGUCUCGUUCUGCUGCAGAACGGCUCGGUCCCGAAUUCAUCACCGGAUGCCAACGACAGUGCUUCGAACAUGCCCUAGAAAUGUCCAACAUGUUUACCUCCGUCAAGCAGCUCGAUCACUACCCUGUGGCAGACCUUGAUAUGCCCGUGUGCGCUUACCAGUGUAUUCGCAUGCUGUAUUACAUUUACCAUCUCAACGCCGAUGAGUAUGGACUCGCCCCGGACAUCCUCCGCAAGAAGGCGUCCAUCUGCCUUGAGGUGACCAAAGGCUGCUGUUCUGGAACUGCAGCGGUCUCUAUACAAGCCGAUCUUCAACGUCUCAUGGACCAUGGUCUCUCAGUACAGGCUACUCCAAGCCGGCUCGUUAGCGAAGAGCCACAUGACGAAAGAAAUGGCACAGGGCCAAAACGGGUAUCUCGGCUCAGCCGCGCCAAGCAGGUGCAACUGGUGGAUGAUCCCGACAGCGGUGCCCCUGCGGCCGACGAACUUACGAACCGGCCAUUCGGGAUUGGUGCCUGGGAAGACAUACAAGUUCCUGAAUCCGACAAGCCGGACGAGCAGAUGGUUGCGGCACCGCAACCUUCAGCACCGGGCUCCCUUGAGGUCAACAACGCGUUCGAGGGCGCAUUAGACAGUCUCGACUUCAACAUGGAGCCAAUGGGCCUGGAGUCUUUGAACUGGUUCACGACUGAGUGGGCGCAAGGAGACUUUCAAGAAUUUUGA